CGGCCGUGCUAGAGCUGCACGAAGGCUAAGUCGUAGAACAAUAAAUGGAAGUGGUAGGUUAAUGUAAUCUAAACUCGAAAGAAUCGAAUAAUUAUUGUAACGAAUCAUAAUAAAUAAUUAUGCAACAGUCUUACAAAAACAGAAACUCAUGGACUAUUCAGAGAACGAGAUACGAGCCGCGGAAUUGAGAAUCGAGUAUCACACGAAAAUAUUUGCCUCGAUGUGUCCGGAUGAAAUUCUAGAUCAUUAUAACGAUUACAAGACCAGAAUGUAUUACACCACUUUAAUGCUUGGCGAUGUGUCAGGUUUCACAGAACUGGCCGAGAAAUUCACUAAAGGAAAAGGCGGACCAUCGAAACUGACAGAAACAUUGAACAGUUACAUCGGUGCUAUGGUACAGGAAAUACUAUCCCAUAACGGUGACGUAUUGAAAUUUUCUGGAGAUGCGUUUAUCGUGAUGUGGAAGCUCCACGAAGGAAUGAUAAUGCGGGACUUAGCUAUAGAAGCAAUGCAAACUGCAUGUGUCAUUCAAAAACAUUUUGGAUCUUACGAUACCGAAGUUGGAGUGACUUUGAAAGUAAAAUUAGCGAUUGCUUCUGGAAAAACGUACUUCACAUCUAUUGGAGAUCAAGACAGCAUGUCUCACUAUAUUAUCACCGGAAAACCGGUGUGGGAUGUGAAAUUUGCCGAAGGCCUUUGCCGAGGUGGUGAUAUCCUAGUAGCUCCUAGUAGCUGGCAAUGGGUAAAUCCAAAUGAAUAUGUCCACGAAACGCUUCCAGAUGGUAUACACACCCUUAUUAUAACUUGCACGAGCAUGUGGUACCAGGCUAAAGACGAGGAAUUAAUGGAUGCCAUAGAUGAUGAAGAGAACGGAUACUACACGAAUUUUUAUGAUUCAAUGAUAACACCCAGAAUGGUCGAUCGUGAGACUGAAGCGGUAAUGAUGAGUCUGACUGGCAAGCAUUACGAGAUUGGAAAUUUUAACCAAGUCGAUUACAGCUUACGACCUAAAGUUAUAAAAAUAGCAAAGGAUCGUUUGAAAGGAGGUUUAAAAAGUUACAUGCUGAGACCAGUGAUUCGAUCUGUCGAAAUGGACGAACCGUUGGAAUAUCUGACCGAAAUGAGACAAGUGGUGAUACUCUUCAUCAAUAUAAUCACCUUGAACGUAGACAAACAAACGUUAAUUCUCUUAGUGGAUUUUGUUUAUAAACUAGUGUGCAAGGUCGUCGGUGGGAUGCGCGGAUGCGUGAACAAAACGUCCCUCUUCGACAAAGACUUGAUGUUUCUCUGCGUGUUCGGUUUACGUGGCGAUAAACAUGAAUUGGAGUCACAAGUCGGCUUAAGAUGCGCGUCGAAGUUACGAUCGAAACUCACAGCGAUUGAAAAUAUCAAAUCGGUAACAGUGGGCGUGACCACGGGGAUGACAUAUUGUGGAGUUGUAGGUCAUAUUUUACGAAGGGAGUACACUGUGAUUGGAAUGUCAGUGAACAAGGCUGCGAGACUUAUGGUAGCUUAUAAGGACAAGGUGGUCUGUGAUCGAGAGAGUUUCCUUCAUUCUCACUUGGAGGCGAGGCACUUCAUUUUACAAGAACCAAGAUAUUUAAAGGGAAUCACCAACGUCGGGCCGAUAUAUGAAUUUCAGGAACAACCAAAAAACUUGCUUUAUCUCUUAGUACAGACCCCGUACAACCUGAUACAUUUAUUAUUUUCAAUGCCUCUUGGUUUCACUGACACGUCCACACGAAAAGAACGCGAAGACAAAUUGCUUUUACGACUGGGCAAACUGAAGCAUCCGUACUUUCUGUGUAUUUUUAAUCAACUCUUCAACGUGCAUUUCUCUAUCACUCAACAUUAUAACGUACUAACUGAUGCGGAGAAGAAAAAGCUUUUAAGAAAGUUCCUACUGAAAUUGAUGAAAAGCUGCUUUCAAGAAUUGUGGGUGGUGAUAAUUGACGAUGCAGAAUAUUGUGAUCCGGAGUCCUUGAGCAUUUUUGACGUUUUUACGAAGAAAGAUCUGAUAUUCUUUGUACUGAGCAUUGGUCGAAAAUUGAGCGCGGAUUUCCCAAUGUAUUUCAAUCUUUUGCAUAGAGGGAAGGUAUUGAUUUACUUAUUCCCUCCAACGAUCAAACUAUCAAACAGUUACCUAUCUUUUAAUAUUAAUAUAAUAUUAAUCGAAUGGCAACAAAAAUUUGAAUUGUUCGUUAAAAAGGUAAUUCAAUUACACGGAAUAGACAGAUGGUAUCACGCUGGCUUAGUAUGUCAAAUACUUAACGUAAAAGGUUUACCUGCGGAGCUUGAAAAACGAAUACAAGAGAAAAGCUUGGGAAAUCCUGGCUGGAUCGAGAGCUAUUUAGUGAGUCUUCUUCAAGUCGGUGAUUUAGAAAUAAUACACAUAACGAAAAAGGAAGCGAGAAUAAAGGGCUAUGUGCUCCCUCCUACACAUAUGUUAAAAAGAUAUUCUGCAGACCUAACGAAUGAAACCGUAAUUAAUCACAAUAAUCGUAACGACAAGUGGCAGAUAUACAGAACAAGCUUCAAAGACAGUGCAAUAUCAUUAUUGGAGAAAAGUAUAAGCGGCAUACACAAACCACACUUUCUCGACAACGAAGACGACGAGACCAUGAUCGCGGUUUGUAAUAUUUCCGAGAGUUUCACAUUCGAGGACAUAGAACCCGAAAUUACAAUGGAUGUUAUGAUAUUGAAGCUAUUUGAUUCGCUGACACCUCUUGAUCAGCUUCUCUUGAAGUAUGCCUCUGUCAUCGGAGAAACAAUAAACAGACACAUGCUAGAAAGUUUAAUGUUCGGCACCUCUAAAAGAGAAAUCGCACUUGUUGUUACGAAACUCUUUGAAAUACGAGUCUUUGGGUGUGCAGUCGGGGACUUUACCAAAAAUACAGGCCCUAUAAUACUUAUCAGAAACGUGCAAAAUCAUAUUUCAGAAAUGGACCUCUUCUGCAAGUGUAUUGGUCUCCAUAUUCCAGAUGAGCUGGCAGACCUACCAAGAUACGCUUCGUGUGGCUUUAUGAGAUUUAAGAUGUCCAUGUUUCGUAAUACCACUUAUCAAUUGCUUACAGAAAAUCAGAAGAUAGAAUUGCACAACCAGGCAUUGAAAUAUCUGCAACAGUAUACAAGACGUUGCGUUUAUUGCGGGCAAGGUCAAUUUGCAAAAUUAUUGGGAAAAGUGCCGAAGAAAGAAGAAAGAAGGAAAAAACUGACAGACAUAAAUAAAACGUUUGACAUGGCACAUAAAGAUGUAGACGCUACCAAAAAUGAGGUACCAAAGGAACUAAAGAGAAGACUGACAGACAUAGAAGAAAUUCUCAACGUAGAAUAUAACGAUGUAGAUGUCACCGAGGAAAGGAAAAAAAGUAAAUUGAAAGUUUCUUGUCUGAAUUUGUUUCGGAGUAUCGAGAAGAAGCCGACGCUAACAUUUUCAAACGUGGAUUUUUCAAACUGCUUGUGCGAUCUAAUAUUGAUGACAGUCUAUAUUCAAAUACUCGAUCACUGUCGUGGCAUUGGAAAAAUGGAACUGACGCUGACUGCUCUUCUAGAGUUUGUAGAGAUUUGCUUGCUUGCUUGUAACAUACCGCAAGCUCGAAAGCUUCUAUCUGAGAGCGAGACUGUUCUAAAAAAACUAUUCGAGUCGGACGAAGACGAAAUGGUUCUUUUGCCUUAUCUCACUGCGAAGAUACAAACCCUUCAGGGGCAAUGUUUUCUCGAAAGCGGCUCCAUUUUUGAAGCUGAAGAAACCUUUGAAAUGGCAUUGAACAGUUUAGGAUACAAAUUUCCAAAGCUAGAAAUGAUGAUUGAUCUGAAUUCGACCGUGCAAUUAGUGAACUUGAAAUUAAAAUUGAUUUGUUUCAAUGAUACAGAACUUAAAACCAAUAUCGAGGGGGACGACGUGGAUUAUACAAAACAAUUAUCAGAAUGCUUGGCACGAAUGUUCGAUCUCUUCAGGUUUAAAGGGAUGAAGAAACACGCUCGUUUAGCAGCAAUUUGGGGUUUAAAUGCAGCUUUGGAUUCUAAGAAAGAUUUGCAUGUUCUCUGCACAGCAUACACCAACAUGAUAAUCACAGCACACAUGUAUCAAGAGAGAUACCUCAUUCCUUACUUGGAACAGAGAGGUAUCAAUAUUUGCAACGAAAAAAAAGAAGCACUUGAAUCUCAAGAAUUGAAUGUGAUCGCUGAAUUUUACGCAGGAAUAUUCUUUUCUCGCUGGCUAAAGGGACAGAUCUCGAAAGCUAUCCAGAUUGGUUUCAUUUGUUACAGAAUGGCCAAUACGAUCGGAUCCACGUUUUUGAAGCUGCUUAUACUACCACGAUUAGCUCACUUGCUAAUGAUCUCUUGCCGACAUUCAGAAGUGGUUACUCAAUUAAGGGAAUUGGAGUUUGUAUCUCAUCAUGAUUUGGAGAAAUCUGGACGUACUUGGUACUAUGCGCUUUGCGCUGACGUUCAUUUAGAUACUGGAAUAACGAUACUCUCGUUCCAAGCUUGCGAACAAUAUUUUCUUCAGGAAGGCGAACAGAUGAUCAGUUUACACGAUCCAGAAGCGGAAAGACGAUAUUUUACAUCUAUGUGGCUAUGGUGUAUCAGAACUGAAGAAUGGGAAGCUGCAAAAGUAUGGAGUGGUAGAAAGGUUGAGAGCACUAAUGUAACGGAUGAGCAUAUAGUAGCAGCAACAAUUACUUCGUUGAAGAAACUUGAAGGUCUACUAAUUCUUUAUGUACAUAAAUUAAAUAGUAGAAAUGCUGAUGCAGCUGUCACAAUGAUGGAGAUUAAAAGUAUAAUCAAAGAUGCAAAGAAAAUGUGCAAGAUUGUUGAAAUUACAAUUCCUAGAUAUAUGUUACUGAAAGCAUAUUACUGGAUGAUAAGAUCACAAGUAAAUGUGGCAAUGAAACUUUUAAAAAAGUUACAGACAGUAUGUAAAAAGAUGGAGAACAAAAUGAUUUACACGUGGGCGCUACAUUGUGAAAAGGCUUGGUCAGGUGGAAUCUCUUCUCUACAUACAGAUAAAUGGAGAGAAAUCUCAGAAAAUGAAAUGUUAGAUAAAUGGGACGAAAUCAAUGUAAAUAAUUCUAAUAUGAUCAUUUUUACUUUUCCCCUACCGAAAUAUAUUCUUUAAGCACAUUUUAUUCUUAAUUUGAAUUAUUAUAAUGAAUAUAAUAAAAUAAAUGUAAUAUCAAGGUAAAUAAAGUGAUUCGUAUUUCAAAAUAA